AUGGAAGGUGAAGAAGCAGCCACUCGUCCCGUGGAGACCUCCCCAAACAAUGAGGAUGCCCAGGAGCUCCCCAGAGAGGCUGAGAAUGGAGCCAAGGCAGCAGCAGCAGCAGCUGCAGAGGAGCUGGCUGGGAGCAGGGACACAGGGGACAGCAGUGUCCCCCCGGGGUGCCUGCGGCUGGACCCGGAUGUGCCACGCGUGGAGCGUGGGGACAGGGGAGCAGCCUCUGUUGCAGUGCCCUCGGGGGACAGGCAGAGGAGCAGUCAGCUGCUUGACAGCUUCCCCCUGAAGCACUCCAACACCCUGACCAACAGGCAGCGAGGGAAUGAGGUCUCAGCCCUGCCAGCCACGCUGGACACACUCUCCAUCCACCAGCUUGCUGCCCAGGGAGAGCUCAGCCAGCUGAAGGAGCACCUCCGGAAAGGUGAGAACCUGGUAAAUAAACCUGAUGAGAGAGGCUUCACUCCCCUGAUCUGGGCUGCAGCCUUCGGGGAGAUCGAGACCGUCCGGCACCUGCUGGAGUGGGGGGCUGACCCCCAUGCCCUGGCAAAGGAGAGGGAGAGUGCCCUGUCCCUGGCCAGCAUGGGAGGCUACACUGACAUUGUCACCCUGCUGCUGGAGAGGAACGUGGACAUCAACAUCUAUGACUGGAACGGUGGCACCCCCCUGCUCUACGCCGUGCGUGGCAACCACGUCAAGUGUGUGGAAGCUCUGCUAGCUCGUGGUGCUGACCUGACCACAGAGGCAGAUUCUGGCUACACCCCAAUGGACCUGGCUGUGGCCUUGGGACACAAGAAAGUCCAACAGGUGAUGGAGAGCCACAUCCUCAAACUAUUCCAGAGCAAGGAGCUGGAGUGACCACAGCCUCCCCCCCCCAGCCUGCCCCCAGCACCAGCUCUGCUCCCCUGGGACCAGCCUGCCAGCAAGGAGCAGGUGGAG